UUUCACAGUUUACAAACAGCUGGAAUGGUUUGGCUUUUUCAAAAGCAUAUAAGCAAGGGGAAUUCUCAAGAGGGACCGAUCAGAAAGAAUUUCUUAACUGGCAUGCUGGCAGAGACGGAGACCGCGGCGGGGGCACGUGGUGGACGGCACCGAAUUUCCCUAAGGACCCCAAGAGUUCAGCCGAGGGACCGGCACCUACUCGGCUCACAGAGUGCUCCCUCCCUACAGUACGGAACGCACCUGAAACUCAGCCGACAGGGCGCAGGGGAGCAGGGCAAAGACAUCGCAACUAGAAGCCCGAGGUCGGCUGAGGCUUUCAGACACUGGGGCAGCCCCUGUUCGGCACCCCGCCUAGCCCGCAGGACGCGGCUCGGAGGCCAGGUUCGCCCGGGCCGGGGCCAGUGCGGAGCCACAGCUGUAUGGCGCCCGGCGCACUCCCGUGCUGCAGCGGAGCAUCGCCAGAAGCCGCGGACCCCGAGCGCCUCUCUGCAGCCGCUGCAGCCGCCGCUCCCGCCCCCGCCCCCGCCCCCGCCAGGGGACCCUACACCUCAGUCUCCACUCCCCCUAGCCCACGUUCCCCAACUCUUCUCACCCUCCAGGAGCCGGUGACCCGCGAAGGUCCUUCUUUUCGCGCGGAGGGACUGUGCGCGUCCUGCCUAGCUGUGGGUAAGGGUCUGGGAGCUCUGGCCGUUACACUUCUGCUCCAGCCGCUGGGAGUCCUCUGGCUGCCGCUGCCGCUGCCGCCGCCGCCGCCGCCGCCGCUGUCUCCAGCAGCAAGUUUCCAUAAAAGUCCUGGUGCGCAGCCUGUUCCCGCAUUCCAGGCGGGCCCAGCGCCGGCUGCAGCUGUUCCAAAACACAAGGCCAGUUCCCCCAACCCCCACCUCCGCCGGAUCACCCGGAGGGGGGUGGAGAGUCGAGGAGAAAAGCAGGGGACGGGGAGCGUGGCUGCAACUUUCCGCCAGAAUUUGUCUGUCUCCCGGCCCUAGGUGCGCGGGCUGACCCCCUAACCUUGGGCCUGCCUCCACCUCCAGCCUGGGGAAGGAAGGCUGCCUCUGCCACGGGAAAGGAAUGAGGCUGAAAUGGGCUUCAUUACCGGUCUGGAGCUGGCUCCCCCUACCCGCAACCCGUUUGCUGUGGGGCCCACUUCUCUCAGCUACUCUACCCGUCC